CCGGGGGGUCUCUGGGGGUCCUGAGGGGUCUCUGGGGGUCCUGAGGGGUCUCUGGGGUCCUGAGGGGCAGCCCGGGCGCGGCGGGGUCGGGAGUCGCUGUGCUCCCCUCUGGCCCCCCCGUUUCCCCCCCAGCCCAUGGACCCCCCCACGGACCCCUCGCUGCUCUCGGCCGAGCUGGGGGCGGAGGAGGAGGAGGAGGAGGAGGGGGCCCUGCGGCGGCUCCUGCUGCAGGUGACCCCGGCCCAUGAGGAGCCCCCGCCCGCCGGCCCCGCCCGCGCUGUCACCCCCCAGCCGGGGCUGUGUGUGAAGACCCGCACGGCGACGGGGGACAAGGUGUUUGUGAACGUUUGUCACUCGGGGGAGGUGCCCCCUCCCCCUGCCCUGUCCCCCCCCGGCCUCCAGCGGCUCCUCCAGGACCCCCCCGGCCCCGACGGCGCCUUCCGGAUCCCCAUGAGCCUGGGGGAGCCCCACGCCGAGCUGGACCGCGGAGGCCGCGGCUGCACCGCCUACGACGUGGUCGUGAACUCGGGGUUCUUCCGGACCCUCCAGAGCGACCCCUUGUACCUGGAGUUCUUCCUGACCGUGGCCAUGGAGGGGCUGUCGGAGAAGUACGGGGUGGAACUGGAGCUGACUGGCUGGCGGGUGCUGAAGAACCGCAGGUUCCUGGGCUCCAUCUCGGCCCAGAACAUCCGGGCCCGGCCCCAGCCCCGCAUCCAGGAGCUCCAGGGGUCCCCCCCGGAGCCACUGUCCCCCCCCAGCCCCACAGAGCCCCCCCAGUUCGUGGUGGUGGCUGAACCCUCGGCCCAGCACCCGGAGGUGCUGCAGGCGCGAGUCCUCCUGCCCGAAAUUGAGGGGGCGGGGUCUCUGUGGCUCGGGCUGAGCGAGGAGCGGCUGGUGCUGUGCCGGCCGCCAGGGGGCGCCGCGCUGCUGGAGCUGGGGCUGCCCCGCCCCGCCGACCCCGCGCGCGGCCGCGCGCGCUUCCACCGCCGCUCCAAGGUGCUCACGGUGACGGUGCCGCUCCGGGCCUGAGGGACCCGGAACCCCCCCGGGACCCCCCGGGACCCCCCGGACACCCCUCGGGACACCCCGGGACCCCCAGGACACCCCUCGGGACACCCAGG